AUGAGAAAAAAAAAUAUAUUGCUAUUGAAUAUAAUUUGCAUAGUGCUUGUUAGCCAAGCAAUAGCUUAAAACUAUGAUUACAAUACUGCAAAUGUUUGCGAUACUGGCUCAUUUGGUAAAUCUCAAGAUUAAGUUGCUUAUAUGUGCACUCAUUAAGCUCUUGGUUCUUGCUAGCUACAAUAAGCUGUGUAAGCUGAUGGCUAUUCUAGCUUUGCAGAGUAUGGAUUCGGAGGUUAUGGAAGCAACCCUCCUUCAAAUUAUUGUUGUAGAUGCUUUUAAAUUCAAGUCUAAGAUGGUGAUGCUCCUGCAAAGGAUAUUAUUGUUUAAGGUAUUAACACAGGUGGUGAUGUAAACAGUAAUUAAUUUGAUUUAUCUAUGAUUGCUGGUGGCUUUGGCGCUAACAACGGAUGUGCUAACUAAGUUUUUGCAUGGAAUGGUGGUGCUUGGGAUGGACGUGCUGGUGCUGCCUAAUACUCUUAAAGUGCUGCUGGUGAUUGGUGCAGUGAUCCUACUUCAGAUAAUUCUAGAUGUUAAAGUGCUUACUCUGGUGGUAUCACUAAAAAAAGUGAUUGUGCUAAGUUACCUAACAAUAACUUAACCUAGCUAUGUGAAUACUCUUUUGAUUCAAAAUGGAGAACUAACAACGGAAAUAGGGACACUAUUAUGAAAGAAGUAAGAUGUCCUGCUGGAUUGAUUAAAUUAUCAGGCUGUAACAGAGAUGAUUCAUCUUUACCUUACCCUUCUGGAAAGCUCUCUGCUAGUGAUCCUAGUCUUAUGAGAGGAAAAUUGACUCAUAUGUGGGAUUGUUGCAAACCAUCUUGUUCAUGGACUGCAAAUGUAUUAAAAGCUAAUGGCACUGCUGUCAUGUCUUGCGAUGCAUCAGGUACCAAUAUCCUUGGAACUAAUACUUCGUUUUAAUGUACUAAUUUUACUUGUGAUCCUACAUGCAAAACCUGCUCUGCAUCAAAUGAUGCAAAAAAAUGCACAUCUUGCAAUACUGGCCACUACUUAAGCUCAAACCCUGGAUAAUGUACCGCUUGUACUCCUUCAUUAAAUUGCUAAGAAUGCUCCAAUAGCUCAACAUGCACUACUUGUUAAACUGGAUAUACUUUAUAGAUUGAUGGAUCAUGCAAGAAACCUUGCGAUUAAAGUUGUAAAACUUGCAGCACUUCUUAAGAUGCUACUUAAUGUACUUCUUGCUAUGAUGGAUACUAUUUGAAUGGAUCUUCCGUUGGUACUUGUUCUAAAUGCCCAUCAGGUUGUACUAGCUGCACUUCUAAUAGUAACUGUUUAGCUUGUACUGAUAAUUAUGUUUUAAUAAGUGGGAGUUGCGAACCUUGCGACUGUCCAUGUUUAUCUUGUAAAACAGACACUAGUACUUGUACAAGCUGUAUUAAAGGUUACAUUUUAAAUGGAAACACAUGCGAAGCUACUUGCGAUUCUACUUGCAAAACUUGCAGUAAAAACUAAGAUGCAACUUAAUGCACUUCUUGCAAUUCAGGAUUCUAUUUAGAUGGAACUACUGUGGGAUCAUGUGUUUAAUGUUCUUAAAAUUGCAGCAGUUGUACUUCCAAAAAUAGCUGUUAAACUUGUACCAACAACACCAUAUUAGUGAGCGGUUAAUGCCAAUCUUGUAAAAGCCCAUGCUAAACUUGCUAGACUUCAGUCACAAAUUGUUUAUCUUGUGUUUAAGGGUAUACUUUGAAUAGAAAUACUUGUUCUCCAACUAAAGGAGAAUGUCAUCCCAGCUGCAAAACUUGCAGUGUUAACAAUGACUAAAAUGCUUGUACCUCCUGUUUUGAUGGGUUUUUAAUUUUGGGUAGUGGUAAUUGUUAGCCUUGUCAGCCUCCUUGUUAUAAUUGCUCUGGAAAUCCCAAUAACUGUACUUAGUGUGCUAGCGGUUAUGCUGUCUAAAAUGGUACAUGCUAAAAAAUCAAGUGA